AUGGGAAAGAAGAAGAAAAAAGAAAAUCCGGUUGGGCAGUUUAAAGAAGCUAGAUCAUCUUUCCCAGAAGCUCUGCUGGCAUUUCAAAUUCAGAUAAAAGAAGAGACAAUUGAUCAGCUUCUAUUUGAACUAAAGCAACUGAAAGAAAAGAACAAAAAAUAUCAUGAAAGAAAUGACUAUCUGAAGGAAGAACAGCUGGGACACAUCCGCAGUCUGCUAAGCAACUUGAAAACACAGGACAAAGAACUAGAGCAAAAGGAGGUUGUAACCAGGGAUGAUGUAGAGGCAGCAAUGAGGGAGAAAUGGCAGUAUGUUAAGGACCAAGAACUGCUUCUGAAAGAGCUACACUCCAGGAUAAAUGAAGUUGAGCAUAAACUACUGGUAAAACAGGCUGAGAAGGAUUACUGGUUAGAGUACAAAAAUGUGGGAAGUGGAGAACAUGCCAAACAGAUCAAGCUCCUAGAAAAUGAUAUCCACGGACUCAAAGAUGACCUUGAGCAAAUGACAGAAUAUUAUAGACAUACUCUGGAAACGACAAAAGAAAAAAUGGACAGAUUGGUUGAGAAACAAAUGAACGAAAAGAAGGAAUGGGCUACUGAGAAUGCCGUAAAGCACAUUGACAAAACCAGUCACAGGGAGAUUGAAGAAAACGAAUGGCUGAAGGAAGAGGUUGAAAUGUACCGAAAGGAAGUAAGUGACUUGGAAGCAUCUGCUCAGCUACUAGAAGAAGAAAAUAUAUAUAUGAUUAGGAGCCUGUUUAACUGCAGACUUCAAAAUCUUAAAAUAUCGGGGCAUUUAUUUCUUACCCAGGGAGCUGGCCUGCAAGUUCAAGGAGAGGAAUUGCUUAGUGAGGACUUGGAAGGACUACAGUGUAGAGAUUAUGCAGCAAAGACAGAUGCUGGAGAUGAAAGCACCAAGAGCACAGCACCCCUAGCCAUAGAGAAGGAAGUGUUUUCAGAUACUCAGUCUGAGACAGAGGCCGAGAAGCAGGAAGACAGCUAUGAGGAUCUGUGGGGAGAGCCAAUGGCUCCUGCUCUCAACUACCUAUUGUAUGAAGAUGAAAAAGAUAUCCAGGAAUACUCAAAACUGGGUCCCCUGGGGACGAAACUGAUGAGUGCAGUGGGAAGAGCCAUGCCUAUUCAUGAAGAAUUGAGAGAAAUGUCAAGCAAAUGCCAGUUUGAAGACAGUUUUGAUACCUAUAAAUCAGAGGGCCACAUCACAUACCGCAUGAUCAAAUCUGUAUUUACUUAG